AUGGUGAAAGACCAGCAGGAGCUCCCCCAGACCACCCAAUCAUCUGACAUGGUAUUUGGAACCUCCCUGCUCACCACUGGACAAGUUUCUGAGAAAAGGAUCCGGUCUGUUGCUCGUAACAUCUACUACAGUCUGCAAAUAAGGCAGUCGAAAUGGCACUUUGCCUUACCCGGGACUCCCAUCCCCACUGAGUUUCCUGCUCAGAUUGACUUCCCCAUUGUUAGAAACACAAUCAUUGAGGACUUCUUUCACACAGAGGACUUACUUCCUGUAACCUUUGUGGACAAAGUCAGGCAAGCUGCUGGGGUGGUAGUGGACAUUAUGGUGGAAAGUGUUGAGAACACACAGGAAGAUGGACAGGGUGCUUCUCAUCUUGACGACCUCCAAUCUGCUGUUAGGAAAUUGAGAAAAAUCAUUUCCACUUGGACCAUCCACAUUUUCAGUCAUGAAUUGGUGGAUAAAGUGAUAGCCCUUCAGGACAGCCACAGCACUCCACAGGUCUUAACAUUGGAAGCAGCCAAAAGUGCUUCAGACUCUAUUCUUUCAAGGCUGAAAUGGGGAAAGGAACAAUGUGCCAUAUCCAAGGAGCUCUCCUCUCAGCUUCUCCAGAUAUUUGCUGAAGAGACAGUGAAGUGCUUCCUGAGACAGUGGUCACAUGAGUAUGAAAACAUAAACUUUGAUGUUUCAGUCCAGAACGAACCAAAGACUUCUACUUGCAUGGUCAUUCUUCAAAUGAUCACCAAAGCCACUGCUAAAUGUUAUUUUGAGUCUGCUACCAGCGUGGCCACCAGUGACAUUGUAGAAGGCGUGUUUGAUUUGGAAAGGGAUACCAUCAGCAGUACUGGAGAGCAGGUCCUCACCUUUAACACAAAGGGUUCCAAGAAAGUUAGUAAGAACCUCUGUCCUCAAGAGUCUCUGGAGUACCAGCCUCAGAACAUUUCCCCUACUGUGUACUUUACAGAGACGAUGACAACAUCUCAUGGCUCCUUUUCUCCAGAGGGAAUUUAUGAUAUCGCAUCGUCCUUCCCACUUGAAGAGAAGAGUCGCAAACCCUCCCUUUUCACCAGAUUGUCUAGAUCCAUCACAAAAGGCUUUCUCAGCCCAUUCAAAUCUUCAAGGAAAACCAAAUUAUUUAAAUAA